UCUAGUACCUGAAGGACUCUUGUUCAGGAGGCAUGAAUUCCUAGCAUUCCCUGUGCCUGACAAGACCAGGAAAGGGGGCAAGCCCCAUGUAGGGAAGUAGCCACAUUGGGGAAAGUGGCAGACAGAGCCAGAAGCCUGGGAAGGAAACAGGAUGGCGGCAGGGACAGCGGCUGGAGCCUGGGUGCUGAUCCUCGGUCUGUGGGGGUCAGUAGUAGGUGGUCAAAACAUCACAGCCCACAUCGGGGAGCCACUGGUGCUGAACUGUAGAGGAGCACCCAGGAAACCACCCCAGCAGCUGGAAUGGAAGCUGAACACAGGCCGGACAGAAGCUUGGAAGGUCCUCUCUCCCCAGGGAAGCCCCUGGGAAAGUGUGGCUCGAGUCCUUCCCAAUGGCUCCCUCCUCCUUCCAGCUGUUGGGAUCCAGGAUGAGGGAACUUUCAGGUGCAGAGCAAUGAGCAGGCGUGGGAAGGAGGCCAAGUCCAACUACCGGGUCCGAGUCUAUGAGAUUCCUGGGAAGCCAGAAAUUGUAGAUCCUGCCUCUGAACUCACAGUCGGUGUCCCCACUAAGGUGGGGACCUGUGUGUCUGAGGGAAGCUACCCUGCGGGGACUCUUAGCUGGCACUUGGAUGGGAAACCCCUGAUUCCUGAUGGAAAAGGAGUCUUGGUGAAAGAAGAGACCAGAAGACACCCUGAGUCGGGGCUCUUUACACUCCAAUCAGAGCUAAUAGUGACCCUGGCCCAGGGAGAUGCUGCUGGCCCCACCUUCUUCUGUAGCUUCAGCCCAGCUCUUCCUCGGCAUCGAGCUUUGAACACAGCUCCCAUCCAGCCCAUUGUGAGAAGUGGAAGGAUUCCAAGUUCAGAGUCUGUCCCACUGGAAGUCCAACUGUUGAUCGAGCCAGAAGGUGGAGUAGUAUCUCAGGGUGGGACGGUGACCCUCACCUGUGAAGCCUCUGCACAGCCCCCUUCUCAGAUCCACUGGAUAAAGGAUGGAAUACCCCUGCCCCUGCCCCCCAGCCCUGUGCUUCUCAUCCCUGAGGCAGGGCCUCAGGAUGAAGGGGCCUACAGCUGUGUGGCCACCCAUCCCAGUCAAGGGACUAAGGAAAGCCCUGCUGUCAACGUCAUCAUAGAAACAGGAGAGGAGGGGCGAGCUGCAGGCUCUGUGGGUGGAUCAGGGCUGGGAACUCUAGCCCUGGCCCUGGGGAUCCUGGGAGGCCUGGGACUAGCCGCCCUGCUCAUUGGGGCCAUCAUGUGGCGAAAACGGCAACAUCGAGGAGAGGAGAGAAAGGCCCCAGAAAACCAAGAAGAGGAGGAAGAACGUGCAGAGCUGAAUCAGUCAGAGGAGCCAGACGCAGCAGAGAGUGGUGCAGGAGGGCCUUAAGGGACCCUUAGGAAGAAACCCACCCAUCAGCUCCUUUGCACUGGACUGGUCCCUAACCAUCUCUCCCCUGUAAAAUGUUCCUCCCCACCUUGCCACAC